AUGGCAACAUUCAGACUCAUCAACCUCUCGACUGGUGUAGUCACCGAGCAGGUCUUGGGUACCUCACCACCAUACCUAGCCGCGUCACACGCCUGGAGUGAGCAACGAUUUCCUCUCGGUAGAGGAUUUUUAGAAAGCCCAGGCCGACAAGCCCUCAAAGCAGUCAAUGAGCAGCGAUUUGCUGGUACAGUGGACUAUUGCUGGGUGGACACAAUCUGCAUCAAUCAGCAAGACGAUGCAGAUAUGAACCAACAAAUUCCACUGAUGGGUCGCAUAUUUGGCGAUUCUAUCGCUGUGGUGAUUGUAUUAAGCUGCGACCUGCAGAUUUCUCAGGCGAGCGUAGAUCGAGUAGUGGAACAGCUCAAGCCUGCGGUCAGAAUGCAUGAGGAAGAGGAAUGGGCCGAGCAAGGUGCGAUAUGGACGACGGGACAUGGGCGAAAAUUGAUCAUCAAAGGAAUGAGGGGGCUGGCAAGGCUAACGACCACGCCCUGGGCCACACGGGUAUGGACUCUACAGGAAUACAUCCUUGCCAGCCAAGUAAUAUGGAUUGGAAAGGAACUAGUACCCCUCGUCAUUCAAGAUAUUCUCUUCUCAGCGUUGCCGGAUAUCUGCGACACGCUGAGAAUCGAGGAAUGCUUCGGAGACGAGUUUCAUAGAUUAUACAGUUACUUCAGUGGGAUGGUGAAUAUGCGUUUGGCCCGGGGCGACAGAACACGGGUGAUGGAGCUCCUCGGAAAUCGGGCAGCUGAGCUGCCUCGUGACGAGGUUUACGGCAUUAUGGCUGCUUCCGGGGUGGAGAUCCCAACAUCAACAAGCGAGACGAACAGAGGAGCUUGGAGCAAGUGGUUCGAGCAGGCUGUCUCUUGCGGCCACUUGAGAUGGCUUCUGAUGCCGGUAGCGACACCCGCGCCUCUAACACAUCGAGGCAAGCCUAGCUGCAUACUGCCAGACUUUGAUAUAAGGCACAAGCUCUCUUCUUCAAGCGGUCUGGAUACAGUCAAACCACUAGGACUUGUUCGCAUGGAGGAGGGGACCGUGAUAGUCGACGGCCGAUGGUUAGGUGUUUGCACAGUCAAAAAGCACUUGGGUACUGUGCAUGAGCCUGUUCCUAAUGAAAUACAUCGCGAUAUUACCCUAAUUCUAUUCAGUCAGGGUAAAGGUCGCAGAGCUCGCAAGGUCGCCAGUGCCUUUGGUGGUGGGCGAUACAAUUCUCGACAAAUCAGCGUCAUUGCAACAAUUCUCCGGAGGAACUAUCGCAAGGCCGUCAGGGCGGUGAAGCUACAGAGGGAACGCGAUUUCCGCUUGCGCCCCCAGAAUGCGAUUGAAGACACCAUCUGGGGUGACUUUAUGCAGUUUCAGAUGGGACAGAUGCCGGGCAUGAACGAAGGGACUGCUUAUCUCGCGCAACUUCGUCGAGGAUCGAUCUUGGUGGAAGCCCCGAUUGUUCUCCCUACCACGCAAGCCAUACCGAGUACGGAGUUGGGCAUCAUCGAUUUAGGAGCCCGCACAAUCGACAAGAGAUGCGUCUUCAUGAUAGUGGCUGGUGCCAACGCCGACGGCGAUAUGCGCGGUUCUGUCCUACAUAGAGUUGCUGUAACCCUACCGGUUACUGGGGACUACGAAAAUCACAUCGCAAAGGUCCCUUUGCGGCGGUUUGCCAUUGGAGGAGAGGCUUGUGAAAUCUCCGGUGUGAUCGCUAUCAUUCAGACGGCCAACAAAGCUCUUUCGCUAUGCUUGACCUUUCGUACUGCACUAAAGGAGUCCCCUUCCGGAUUAACAAGAACAAUUGAUGAGGUACGAAACUUGAGAAAUAUCUUUGAAGCGCUUCAACUGGGACUCGACGGGAAGACGGACACACUGGCAGGGGCGGACGUCGGUGUCGUUUACGAAAAAGUAAGAGGCUCUAUAAGUGGCAUCUUGCCACAUAGCCAAGCUAUCCUAGAUGAGCUGGAACAACGAUUGAGCAGCCCCCUACCUGCUGCAUCAGCACCAGUCUCAGCUAUAAGCAGAGUAAGUGCUGCUGCUCGCUGGUAUUUGAUUGAGCCAGAAGUCAAGUCCUGCUUGGACCGGCUCGAGAAAUGCAAGACUCGUCUCAUUCUUGCCUUGUCAGUACAUCAAUCAACACUCCUUCUCGAGAUACGUGCGACUACAAUUAUUUUGCAUUCCAGGUUGGAGGCAUCACAUUCCCGCAUCGAGGAUAAAUUGAACGCCAUGAGUGCUUCGAAAUCAGAAGCAGAAGAUCGCGAUAUUUUCAAGUGGCUGUCAUCGAUAACAUUUCGACCUAGCCACCUUGACACAAUGAGGCAACAUCAAGUGGGUACAAGUACCUGGGUGUCCGCUUGCGAUGAGUUCAAGAAGUGGUAUCGAGGCGAUACUCGAUUACUAUGGCUGAAUGGUGCUCCUGGCACCGGAAAGACUCAAUUAUUCGCUUAUCUCGUUGAGUACCUGAUUACCGACACUACCAGAUCCUUGGAACACUCUCUUGUCGCGUAUACUUACUGUGAUUUCCGAAAGUCGGAAUCUCUUGAACCUUCCAACAUUCUUGGCUCUAUCGUCGCGCAAUGCUGCAUGGAGACUGGCUCCAUACCUGGCGCAAUUCGAGCUGCAUUCAAGGCAUCUCAAUCUGCUGGUUAUGAGGCGCCCCCGUCACUGACAUUACUCAAAGAAUCAUUAUCAGAAAUGCUUCAAACCCAAAAGAUCUUCAUUCUGAUCGAUGGACUGGAUGAGAGCAAAAUGUCAAUCGAGCUGGGCGAUAUCAUUCGCAGCAUCUAUAUUACAGAUUCGCACUCACACGCAAGGGUUCUUGUGACAGGACGCAAGACGGAGAGCUUGGAGCAAGUCUUCCACGACGCGUUGCAACUUCAACUGCACGAUCACAGGCAAGAGGUCCGCGAGGAUAUUCAAGUAUACGUCAGGAGUCAGCUUGAGAAGAAUAGACACCUUCAAUGGCUGCCUUCAGAAAUCAAGCAGCAUAUAUCGGAUGCCUUGGCGGCAGACUCGAACCCAAUGUUUCGCUGGGCCCAAUGCCAACUAGAUGCUAUCGCGCCCCUUCGCUCAGUCAAAGCUAUACGCCAAGCUCUUACCCAGCUCCCCUCGGGCCUGGAGGCUACUUACAGAAACAUACUUUUGGGGGUUCCCCAAUACGCUUGUCAAACAAUGAGAAGCGCUCUAGAAUGGAUUAGUUUCUCUUUGAUGCCGCUCACACUCACUGAACUUUAUGAAGUCCUCGCUGUUGAACCCGGCACCUUUUACCUAGACUCUGAAGCUCGGUUAUCCAAGCCUAUGGAUAUCAUUUUUCUAGGCAACUCCCUUUUUGAACUAUCGCCAACGGGGCACGUCCAUCUAUCGCAUCUCUCUGUGCGAGACUAUCUUGUAUCUCCGAAACAUGGAAGUGAUACAAGUGUUGAUCACUUUUGCUUUACUAUGCAAGACUCGCAUCGCAACCUUGCUUUGAUAUGCCUUACCUAUCUCAUGCUGAGGGACUUUUCUGAUGGACCAGCCAAGACUGCGGAGAGCUAUACGCAGAGGUUGCAGCAUUAUCCGUUCCUCAAAUACGCGGCGAGUGCAUGGCCGUAUCAUGCGAACUUGGCCUUCGCUUAUUAUUCCAAGGACUCACAGAACGAAGACAAGACAGGAUAUGACGACCUACUUAAACUCGUGCUGGACUUCUUCGAUUUCUGUCACAGAGCAAAUUUCAUGGCUUGGGUCCAAAUUCUAAAUGCGACCUAUAAUUUCAAAUGGGACAUUUAUCCUCGCCAUGCCACACCUUUGUACUACGCUGCCUCCUUUGGGCUGAAAUGCGUAGUUGAAAAGCUCAUAUCAAGCUCAGAGUUCAACCCAAAUGACCUUGAUGCUCCAGGGUCACGUUAUGGUGGUACACCAGUUCAUGCCGCUGCGUAUUGGCAACACACCUCAACGGUGCAACUUCUUCUGAACGCCGGGGCGAACGCUGCGAAAGCAGACUUCAAUGGCGUCACACCGCUGCAUUCAGCUGCGGCAAUUGGGGAUCUAGACAUCCUUCGAAUACUUUUGGAUGACCCUUGCUCAGGCGAGAUGGCAAACGCAAAGGAUCACGCAGGUGAAACACCCUAUGACUGGGCUCAACGAGCGUCGCAGACACUGGCGGCCGAAAUGUUGAAAGCGAGAUCUCAUCUUCAGGGGCUAGGAGCGCGAACUGGAGGCAGAACAGUCGGUCUCGCCGCGUUUAGGGCCGAUCUCACCGAAUCAGCCCGUCGGCUACUUUCCAGAUUUUUACAGUAA